CCAUUUGUUUUUUUGGAUAAUCUUUUUGGGACUACAGCUGGUAAGAAACAGACAUCAUCUCUACUAACUCAGAGUCAAGAGAAAUCAAAAAUCCUCUGAGCCCUCUAGAAAAAAAGCAUCUGCCUUAUUGUUCAGCAGUGAUGAUGAGGAGGUCUAAAGGAGAACUUCGGGACUCUGGGACCACCCAGGUCCAGGAGGCCAAGGCUGUGAAAAAGACCAGCCUGUUUGAGGACGAUGAUGAAGAUGACCUGUAUGUUAUUGCUAAGGACAGCCAAAAGAGGACCCAGAGAGUAUCACUGCUCUUCGAAGAGGAUGCCGAUAGUGGAAGUUUUCUGUUUGGCUCUCCUCCUGCAUCUGUUCCUCCUGCAACAAAGGAAGGACCUUUAACUCUCUCUUCUCAGGAAGCAGCCAAGCAUUCUGAUUUACUUUCUUCAUCUUCCCCAUUGGACAAAAAAAACAAAAAUAGAACCAAUACUGUUCUUAGCUUAUAUGAUGAGGAAGAGGAUAAAACAGAGGAUCAGAACAGCAUCCAAGUGCCAAAGACAGUAGGAAAGAGCAGGGUCAAAGUCAGUGGAAAGGGCAGACCACAGACCCGCGCAGCUCGGCAGUUGGCUGCCCAGGAUUCCAGUGAGGCUGAGGACAUGAGUGUCCCCAAAAGAUCUGUUGCACAAUUGGCAGAUGGCACCAUUUCACCAAAUGGCUGUCAGCCACAGCCCAGAACAGCUGGUGGAAAAGACUCUGAGGAACCUGUGGCAACUGCUACUCCAUCUUGGGCAGGUGGUCCCGUGCUUGGAAUGUAUGUAAACUCCUUUGCAAAAUCUUUGGGUCAGCUUCAUAAGGAUGAUAUUUUUGAUUCUGAAGACAUUUUUUCCAAGGGCUCUGUUUCUCAGUCCACUGGGAGAAAAACAGUCUUGGUGAAGGCAGCAGAGAGCCUAGCUACACCUCCAGGGGGAAGUAAAGAAAAGAGCUCCGUGUUUCCUGCUCUAGGUGAGGCAGGCAGUGAUGAUGAUCUCUUUCAGUCUGUUACACCAAAACCAACAAGGAAAACAAAUCCCUUCCCUCUCCUGGAAGAUGAGGAUGAUCUCUUUAUAGACCAGAUGGGUAAGAAAAAUGAGUCAAAAUCCAACCAUCAGCAGGAUGUCAUCUCAAAAUCACAAGAUAUUUUUGAGGUAAUAAGACAUAAAAAUAUGUUUUGUGCAUGGUUCUAUGUUAAGGGAAAAAAUACCUGAUUGGCUUAUUUGAUGACAUUAAUGUACAUUACAUUUGCAUAAUUAAGAUUGCAUUAAGCUUGAUUCAUUGCUGUCUGACCACUAUUUGCUUUGUAACUACAAUAAGGUUUUCUUAUUAAUAACUCUGAAACUUACCUAGAAGUAGUAUUUUGUUUCAUGUAGGAGGUAGUUCCUGGUUAGCCAUAACCACUGGUACAGGUCUUGGUUUUUGUCGUUUUUACCAGAAUGUCAGUGCAGUUUCCUUGGCAUGCCACUCUGACAUAUAUAAACCACUAUUGGUACAGCUUGAGAGUUGAACCUCAGGUUCGUGGGAAAACAGGCCCUGGCUGGGGCUGAUGAUUUAGUGCAGCGGUAAAGCCUUCAGUGGUCAGGUACUCUCUGGCGGGGGUUCACUGAGCAUCCAGGAACGGGCACAGGGAGAACGAGAACCAGCACUGUGCUCCUCAGAGUUCUUAGGGAGGAGAGGGGAUUACAGGCAGGGCCACAGGUAAAUAAGAAGUUUUCAGACAAAGUUAAGUGUCAUAAAGAAAACAAUCCAAGGCCUUGGGACAAGAAUGACCAAUAGGGAGGGGAGAAGCUCCUGCAUGUGGAGUGGUAGAGAAGGCUGCUCCACACAGCUGGCGUUUGAGCUGAGACAGGCCUGAGAAGGACCAGGGCUGGCAGAGAUCCUGUAAUAGUACAUACCAGGCUGAGGGGGCAGUUAAAU